AUCCAAACAAAACAAUGGGAUCCGCUGUCGAAAGUACAAAAUACAAAAUUGGCAUACUGGGAGCUUAGCCGCUGGUAAGCCGGAGCUAGAAAUCGGAGGGAAAGAGGGGAGCUGGCUCGAAAUCGGAGUUUAACAUGUCGCAGUUUUGGAAACCCGGUGCUGAGAAGCCUCGCAUCCUCGACGACGAGGAAGGCGGCGUCCUUUUUCUCGCUUCCUCCCUAUCCUCCUCUUCAUCCGGAUAUGGAUAUGGUAGCAUUGAAAAGCAGAGGUUGAGAUUGCCUGUCUACAAGUACAGAACGGCGAUUCUGUAUCUGGUGGAGACUCAUGCCACUACCAUUAUUGUUGGCGAGACUGGUAGCGGCAAAACCACACAGAUUCCGCAGUACCUUAAAGAGGCAGGUUGGGCUGAUGGUGGGCGCGUCAUAGCUUGCACCCAACCGAGACGAUUGGCAGUCCAGGCAGUUGCUUCAAGGGUGGCUGAAGAGAUGGGGGUCAAGCUUGGAGAGGAAGUUGGCUAUACAAUUCGAUUUGAGGAUCUUACUAAUUCAGGUGUAACCAUGAUAAAGUUUCUUACAGACGGGGUUUUACUCAGAGAAAUGAUGGAUGAUCCACUUUUGACCAAGUACAGUGUCAUAAUGGUAGAUGAGGCUCAUGAAAGGUCUAUUUCGACUGACAUUUUGCUGGGUCUGCUGAAAAAGAUCCAGCGCCGUCGACCUGAGUUGCGUUUAAUUAUUUCAUCUGCUACAAUUGAAGCCAAAUCAAUGUCUGCUUUCUUCCAGACCAGCAAAAGGCAUCAAGGACUUGAAGCAGAUGAUGGUCCAAGGAAAGAUCCAGCAAUUCUAUCAGUUGAGGGUAGGGGGUUUAACGUACAAAUUCAUUAUGUUGAGGAACCUGUUGCAGAUUAUGUUCGGGCUGCUGUUUCUACAGUCUUGUCAAUUCAUGAUCAGGAACCUCCAGGUGAUAUUCUGGUAUUUCUUACUGGUCAAGAUGAUAUAGAUGCGACUGUUCAGCUGCUUACUGAAGAAGCUCAAGCCAAUGGAAAGAAUAAAGGAUUGAUUGUUCUGCCUUUGUACUCGGGGCUCUCACGUGCGGAGCAGGAUCUGGUGUUUUCUCCCACUCCUAGAGGGAAGAGGAAAAUAGUAAUAUCAACCAAUAUUGCUGAGACUUCUUUGACUUUGGAGGGAAUCGUCUAUGUUGUUGACUGUGGAUUCUCAAAACAACGGUUCUACAAUCCGAUCUCAGAUGUUGAAAAUCUAGUAGUGGCACCCAUAUCCAAGGCAUCUGCUAGACAAAGGGCUGGUAGGGCUGGAAGAAUUCGACCUGGGAAGUGUUACAGGCUUUAUACUGAAGAAUACUUUGUCAAUGAAAUGCCUGCUCAGGGGAUCCCUGAGAUGCAGAGGUCAAAUCUUGUUUCAUGUGUGACCCAGUUAAAAGCUUUGGGCAUAGACAAUAUAUUAGGCUUUGAUUGGCCAGCAUCUCCAGCUCCUGAAGCAAUGAUCCGAGCACUUGAAGUCCUUUAUUCGUUAGGAGUCCUUGAUGAUGAUGCUAAACUUACUUCACCGGUUGGGUUUCAAGUAGCAGAGAUCCCACUAGACCCAAUGAUUGCAAAAAUGAUAUUAUCUUCAAGCCAACUUGGAUGUUCAGAGGAAAUCAUUACCAUUGCUGCUGUUCUCUCCAUCCAGUCUAUUUGGGUUUCUACUAAAUUACAAAAGGAACUAGAUGAAGCUAAGUUGAGAUUUGCAGCUGUUGAGGGUGAUCAUGUUACAUUCUUAAAUGUUUACCAAGGUUUCCUUCGAUCUGGAAAAUCUUCGCAGUGGUGUCAUAGAAACUUUGUCAAUUACCAUGCUAUGAAAAAGGUUAUUGAAAUUAGAGAACAGCUGAGGAGAAUAGCACUGAGGAUAGGCAUUGUCUUAAAAUCAUGUGAAAGAGAUAUGCUGGUAGUAAGAAAGGCUGUAACUGCUGGCUUUUUUGCAAAUGCAUGCAAUUUAGAAGCAUACAGUCAUAAUGGGAUGUACAAGACUGUUAGAGGUUCUCAAGAAGUGUAUAUUCACCCUUCAUCUGUGUUAUUCAGAGUAAAUCCCAAGUGGGUCAUUUACCAUUCUCUCGUCUCCACUGAUCGACAAUACAUUAGAAAUGUAAUGACCAUGGAUCCGUCUUGGCUAACGGAAGCUGCACCACAUUUUUUCCAGUAUCAAAGACCAGAUCCUAUUGGUCACUGACACUUGCUACCUGUUUAUUUGUUUAUUUAAUGCUUAUGAACUUGACUACAACUCAGCAUGGUUGUGAUCAUGAUAAUCAUCAAAGGUGCCUGUACCAUUAUUUUAUGUGAAAAAUUUCCUUGUUAACCAUUUGUUUUGUCUACUAUUCCCUUUCCCCUAAUGAAAAUGGGGAUUUGGGAGAUUGUAUUGUAUAUUGUAUGGUUUUUGGUGAUUAAAUUCCAUUUUAUA